CAUAAUCUUUAUUUUAUUAAAAACAACUCGAUUCUUGGCAAACUCAAAUUAUAUUUAACAUAAAAUGAUAGAUCAUACCAUAUGUAAUUGUAAUAUAAAACAUCUCACGAUGUUUGUUAUUUUAGAAUAGGUAACAUGAGGUGGUCAGAUAUCACCUCAAAUCAUUGUACCGGCAUUUUUGUGAUGUGCUGUCUUCAGAUGUCUACGAAUGUUGUGACGUCUCACGGGUCGUUUAAUUUUGGUAUAAAAGUUUUGUUGUGGUUGUCGAUUCAAUUCAGUUGCGCUUGAGCUGUAGUCCAAGCAACUCAAUACAGUGCCAAAUGAAAUAUUUGAAUUCGAAAACGGAUGUGAAUGCCUUUCAAUUUAUAUUUCAAAUUCAAAUGUUGAAAAAUACGCUUCAAUAAUGUAUGCAAAUCUGUUUCAUAAAUUGUUUUUUUUACUGCCACUCGUGUAUCAUCCGACCAAACAUGGUAUUGAUACUAGCAGCGGUAGUGCAAAUUCCGGCUGGAACUUUGAUGAACAUGGUCUUAAUUGGGAAGGAACUUGUAUGACUGGUCGACGACAGUCCCCUAUUAGGCUGUCCAUUGAUAGUUCGCUUAUUAUGCCAUUGCCACGAAUUUUCUUUGGAAACUAUGAUGAGAGGCUCAAUCGACCCUUGACAUUGGUAAAUAAAGGAUACACAGUUGAUAUGGCCAUACCGGAGACUCGUAUUGGACAAAAGCCUUUUAUAACAGGAGGCUUACUCAAGGGAAAAUAUGUAGCCGAAGGCGUUCACUUCCAUUGGGGAACGCCUACAACACGAGGAGCUGAGCAUAUAAUUAACAAAAGGCGUUUUGAUAUCGAAAUGCAUAUUGUGCAUCGUAACGCUGACUAUCAUAAUAUUUCUGAAGCCUUAAACUAUCCAGAUGGAAUCGCCGUUCUGGGCAUUAUGCUUAAGAUAGUCAGGACUCCGGAUCGUAUAUAUCCUGGACUAAGAAAGGUGUUCGCAGAACUGCGCAACGUUAUUGAAUACCAUGCUGAAGGUGAACUGCCUGGAACUAUUACGCUUGGUCAGUUGCUGGGCGAUUUAAAUACUCGAAACUUCUAUACCUACAGGGGAUCCUUGACCACCCCCGAUUGUAAUGAGGCUGUCACCUGGACUGUAUUUCCUCAACCUAUACCAAUUCCAUACUCAGAGGCAGCGAAGCUUUGGCAAGUCCUGGAUGUCAAUGGAAAUCCACUUGAAAACAACUACCGAGCUCAGCAGCGUCGCAACAACAGACCUGUUUUCUAUCGCACCAUAAAUCUCAGUAAUUAUUAUCUUCGGAAAUAAUGCGGACUCGAUCAAGGUCAACUGACAAUAUGGUUAUGUUUCUUAUUACAUCGUCAAUUGAGUCUACAUCACAUAUCGGUAUUUUUUUUAAGUAUUUAAGAUGCAGUAUUAAGUUAAUAUAGCAAAGAUUUUUUAUUGGACAGAUUAUCUUAAUUUCAUUUUUUUUAAUUAUUUUUGAAACUUUUAAAAACAAAAAUUAUUAAUUGUCUGUGUUUGGGAGCCAUUGUGUUAA